UCCAAUAUGGCGGCGCCCAGUGGCGGUGUGAACUGCGAGGAGUUCGCCGAGUUCCAGGUUAUUGUUCUUUUAUUUUAAACGUGCAUAGGAAUUACUCAAGGUGAUGAGGACGAUUGAUGACAGAAUAGUACAUGAAUUGAACACUACGGUUCCAACAGCUUCAUUUGCAGGGAAAAUUGAUGCCAGCCAAACCUGUAAACAACUCUAUGAGUCGUUGAUGGCCGCUCAUUCCAGUAGAGACCGAGUCAUAAAAAACUGUAUAGCUCAGACCUCGGCAGUCGUAACAAACCUCCGAGAAGAGAGAGAAAAGAAUUUGGACGAUUUAACGUUAUUAAAGCAACUUAGAAAAGAACAGACAAAGUUGAAAUGGAUGCAGUCAGAGCUGAAUGUUGAAGAAGUAGUAAAUGACAGGAGCUGGAAGGUGUUUAAUGAACGCUGCCGAAUUCACUUCAAGCCUCCAAAGAACGAGUAGAGAAAGAUGCUGUGUUUAAAGGACCGGGCCAUCUCACAAGAGCUAAGCACGGCAGACAUCAACAGGGUGGGCUUCCUAGAGUGAUUUCUGAGCCAACAGUCCAAGACCUUUUGUUGAUAUCAGACCCACUUAGCCAAGACCUCAAACAUGAAUAAUCCUGAUAAUUACGGAGAUAUCAAUUACUAUUUUAUACUGAUUGUGUAAAAAAUGUUUUGUAACUAUUAAAAUAAUUUUCUGA